AUGUCAGAUGAAGCUCGUGACAUUUCCCAAAGAUUGCACGAACGCCCUAUUAAUGAUAAUAAGGCGCAGCCAACCUUGAUCCUCGAUACUCCGAAACGAGGUCGACCCAGAAAAGAGAAGAAUAUCAGAAGCAAAUCUCCCAUCAAAACUGAAAUUUUGGACGAAGUCAGCACUGCUUCCGCCACUGCACUGGAUGAAGUCGUGCAAGGGUUUGACGACAUGCGAAUGGCAUCAGAACCUCGCUUUAGUGCUGGUUCAAGUCACCAUAACGAUCUCGAGAGCUUCUUACAAUAUGCGCAACGCGAGAAUCUGGGUCGGUCAACGACCGUCUUCAACGGCACAAAAUACGAGUACACAGUUGCCGACACACUGCGGCGAUACCAUUUCGACCUGACACGGACAGGUCGUCGGUCAGAUCUGGGUAUAGACUUGAUCGGCCGAUGGUCGGUACCUAGUUCCGCAGAGCCUCUUCGUAUCUUCAUACAAUGUAAGGCACUUAAUUCUGGUCUCUUCCCUAGCCAUGUUCGCGAGCUAGCUGGAGCCUUCACAGGCAUACCGACAUGGUUUAAAAAAGACGUCCUUGGUUUGGUCGCCAGUCCAGGCAACGUCACGAACGGUGUCAGGGAUGCAAUUGAGAAAAGCGAGAUGCCCAUGGGAUUUCUCAAAAUUAGCUUGGAUGGUGUGGUAGAGCAAUUUCACUGGAAUCGGAAGGCGACCGGGAUAGGACUCCAGGGAAUGGGAGUGUCACUCAACUAUGGCAGCAGUGAUUCCUCAAGCGCGAGCGGAGACGGAGGCGGAUGCGUGAACACGAAGAUAUGCUUGACAUAUAAUGGUUGGCCUAUCAAGAGCCUUGCCGCCAAAGCACCAAUGGUUGAUACUGCAACCAAAGCCCAAGAGACCAAAUUGCGACCCGAGAGAACCUGA